AUGAUGCGCGCUCUUCUCAAAAGGGGUUUGCAACGACACCAGCAACAACAUCAGCAUCAUCAGCGGUGUUCUUUCGUGUUGUUGGAUCGAACAACGUCUGCUUCCUCGUUCUCGUUAACGUCGUCGUUUACGUCGUCGUCGACACCGACAUCGAACGAAGAAAAGAGCGCUUCUCUCGACAACGACGAGGAGAAGAAGAGUUCAGAGAAAGAAAAAGAGGAUCAGGCAUCGUUCGGGUACACGUCCGUGCCGAAAACGAAGAAGGAAAGUUUAGUGCGAGACGUGUUUGAAUCCGUGGCGCCGAGUUACGACGUCAUGAACGAUUUGAUGUCCGUAGGAAUGCAUCGACUUUGGAAGGAUUACUUCGUGCAUAAACUCGCGUCGUUUCCAGGGAUGACGCAUUUAGACGUCGCCGGUGGAACCGGGGACGUGUCGUUUCGAGUUUUGAAAAAGUUACGGAAGGUGGACAGAGAAGGGAACGGGAAAGAAGCGAAGAGUCGGGUGAUUGUGAGCGAUAUUAAUCCGGCGAUGUUGAAAGUCGGCGAGGAGCGAGCGGCGACGAAAGGAUUGAAGAAUCCAGGUUUCGAUACGAAGACGGAUGCGGAGUUGGAAUUUGUGGAAGCGAACGCGGAGAAGUUACCGUUUGAAGACGAGAGUAUAGAUCAGUACACGAUUGCGUUUGGGUUGCGGAACGUGACGAACAUUGAUAUCGCGUUGAGAGAAGCGCGGAGAGUGUUGAAGAAAGGCGGGAGGAUUUCGAUUUUAGAGUUUUCGCACGUGGAGGAAGAGCCUUUGAAAUCUUUGUAUAACUUUUACUCUUUUGCUGCGAUUCCGACGAUGGGUCAGAUUGUCGCCAACGAUCGAAAGUCGUAUCAGUAUUUAGUGGAGUCGAUUAGGAAGUUUCCGAAACAAGAGCGGUUGUGCGAUAUCAUGAGGGAGGAAGGAUUUUCGAGCGUGGAUUUUGAAAAUAUAACCGGCGGCAUCGUGGCGAUUCAUAACGGAUAUAAACUGUAG